CCUUUUCUUUGCUUUGCUUUCUUUCUUUCUUUCUUUGCUUUGUUUUCUUUCUUCAUUACAAUAUAUCUAUAUAUUGCAUUACGUUACAUUACGUUGGGUUUUUAAUUUUAGAUAUUUAAUUUGUUUAAUUUGUUAGAUUUGAUAAAUUUAUUUUAUAAAGCAAACCAACAAAAGCAUAAAUACAUAUUACAUAUAAGGUCACUGUCUGAUGUUGUAUCUGACAGAUGAUGUUGGGCUUCUGCCCUUCUUUUUGCCAUUUGGAAUCAUUGGAUUCUACCGUUAUCUCUGGUACUUCAUCAAGUUAGUGGCGUGGCUGGUCUACAAGCCACGUCGGCCAAAGGAGAACCCGACCUAUGACCCUGAGAGAGACGUGACGAUUAUCGUGCCAACCAUUGAUGCCGGAGAAGAGUUCAAGAUUGCAGCCAGGAGCUGGUUGGCCUGUAAACCAAAGGAGAUCAUUAUCAUCACAGAAACAAAGAUGCUCGGACCGCUGCAGGAGCUAGCUAAUGAAGUCGAUCCAACCAAAAUCAAGGUCCUGACUGUAUCCAAAGCCAACAAGCGAUUACAGAUGGUGGCUGGCGUAAAUGCGACGCAGUCCGAGAUCAUUGUGUUCGCAGACGACGAUGCGAUCUGGAAACCGACGAUGCUCGAGUACAUCCUCGCGUGUUUCGAGGAUCUGAAGAUGGGCGGUGUUGGAACAAGCCAGACGGUUCACGCGGUCGAUCCAAAUGGCCACCAGACCGUCUGGGAGAUCCUGGCCGGAUAUCGGUUGACGAGUCGCAACAUCGAAAUCGCUUCUUCAACCCACAUUGACGGCGGCGUCUGCUGUCUUUCGGGACGCACGGCCGCUUACCGUACCCUCAUCCUCAAGGACCCGGCCUUCCAGCACUGUUUCACUAACGACCUCUGGCUGGGAAAAUAUCCCCUCAAUUCGGGUGACGACAAAUUCUUGACACGCUGGAUGGUGUCUCAUGGCUGGAAUACCUAUGCUCAGGUCUGCAAAGAGGCCGAACUGUUCUCGACCUUCAAGAACAACUGGAGAUUCGUCAAACAGGUCUUGCGCUGGACCCGAAACACCUGGCGCUCUGAUUUCAGGUCGCUGUUUACCGAACGCUACAUCUGGAGCCGCCACCCGUAUGUUGCAUUCACCAUGGUCGACAAGCUUUUCAACCCUCUGACCCUUUUGGCUGGUCCUAUCUUGGUGGGUGUGUUUGCGUCGAUCCAGAAGAACAAGGAGGACCGGACAAGCGAACCGCUGCCGGGAUGGAACAUUGCUAUCUCAUACAUCAUCUGGCUUCUGGUCACCCGUGCCAUCAAACUCGGUCCACACUUCAUCAGACGUCCACUAGACAUCUGGGCGUUGCCUGCCUGGUUACUAUUCAAUUACUACUUUGCGAUCAUGAAGAUCUACGCCCUCUUUACUCUACACGAGGUAGGCUGGGGUACCCGUGCUGGUAUUGGAAAUGAGCUUGCGGCAGACAUUGGCAAGCAGGAUAUCCAGAUCGCUGCCGACGCUGCCGACGCUACUCAGAAUCCAAAUGGUAGGAAUACAAAGAUCGAAAUGAGUAGCGUUGGCAAUGAGCCCCCACAAAACAGACCAGGCGUCUACAUUGCUCCUCCAGUACACGAUCCAUUCUGGUCUGAGGAUGACUAUCGGACUGAAAUGGGCACUGAUGGUGCUCUUCCACCUCACACUCAACUUCUUCAAGGACAAGAGCGUCGUUAAUAUACAUCUCUCUACACUCACUCAUAUAUACACUCCCAUACAUUCAAUUUCACACACACACACACACUAAUAUAUAUAUAUAUUAUAUUAUAUACUUUCUCCCUCUAUUUUACUUUUUAUUUUAUUUUAUUUUAUUUUACUACUUUGUCCUAUCAUCGUCUCUCUAGUUUCACGUUUUCCUUCUUCUCUUUCAUCUUCCCUCCCUCUUUGCAUUCUCAUUAGGUUCUUUCUUGUGUGCAUACAUUCAAUAAAAAAAAACACUAUAAAUAGAAGAAUAUAUAUAUAUAUAUAUAUACAUAUAUUCUCUCUUUAUCUCUCUCUCUAU